UUUUCCAGAAUACUACAACUUGUACUACAAUACUCUCUCUGCUUUUCGGGCACUCCCCGCCCGCCUGCUCGUGCUCCUCCUCUCUACGGCCGAAAAAUUAGAGUGCUUGGGCGUGCUGUUAUGUUCUAGGAGAAAGGCAUAACGCGCACGGCACGCACGCACCGGCGUGGUCUGGUUAGAGUCAUCAUCAUCAACACGCCGCCGCCGAACCGAACCAAGAUUUGAUACGAGAUCAAAGCAGGCGGGCGGUCCUUUUGUGCCUUUUUCCUUACAGGGGCUUGCGUGCGCUCUCCGACUUCGGCUCCCAAGAGAAAGGGCCACGCUGACCCGCGGGAAGCAUGCUCGUGCACCAGGCGCAGCAGUCUCAGAUCGUGGCGGCAGGCCCCGCUUCGCGCAAGUCCCUCGGCGGCGGAUGCCGACCGCCGCCCUCGUUGCAACGAGAACCAGCAGUCGCCCUUGACUUGGACGGCAUGUUCGGCGAGGAGCCAACCACACCGUCUCCACGAGACGAGCUAUCCGCGGAGGCGAUGAAGACGGACCAGUGGUGCGAGAGGAACUCUGUGGCUCUCCUGGAGGCGUGCGGCAACCGCGACGUCGGAAAAGCCGCCCGUAUACUGGGACAAGCCUCGGCGGAGCACGUCGGCGAGGAGAGGAUGAAAAAGAUGGUGAUGCUGAAAGACGACUUCCGAGAUACCGCCCUCCACCUCAGCGCCUGCCAGGGUGAGGUGGGCAUCGUGAAGCUGCUCCUUGCUAGAGGGGCGGACGUCCACGCGCAGAACAACCUCGGAAGCACCCCGCUGAACCGCGCGGCCGUAGCUGGAAGGACCGAGGUAGUCGAGCUCCUUCUGGACGCCGGGGCCAACCUCGAGCACCAGGACGAUAUCUCGGGCACCCCUCUGCACGGGGCCGCGCGGCGCAACCACUGCUCCACCGUCCGUCUCCUCCUCAACCGCGGUGCCUCCGUGGACGCCGCAGAUGGCGUCGGAAACAGGCCGCUGCACUUGGCAUCUGCGGAGGGAGCCAUCUCCGCACUCGGGGUUCUUGUGAAUCACUACGCCGACCCGCAGGUGAAGAACAUCAGAGGCCAGACGCCGCUGGACGUUGCCCAGGCUUCUUGGAUCGGGAAUUUCUGCAAGAAGAAGAUCGCUCGCCUCCUCUCCACGGAGAGCACCUGAGGGCGUCGGCCGGGCGGGUCUUGCACAGCCAAUGGGCACUACUGCUGUCAUCUGUUAACAAUGGGCAGCAAGCAAGAGAAGGGGGCUGCUGCUGUCAUCGGUUACAUAUACGUGAGGCAGGCGGGAAUCGGACAGCAAUCAAGAGAGGAGGACUACCUACCGCUGUUAUCUGUUACGACGUCGGUAUCGCCUGUGUUGAACGCGCUGCGCUGGCAAUGCAAGUGCCUCUGAGCACGAGGCGAAAUAUGUUCUUUUACUCUUUAGUUUCAUCUUUCGCCUUCUUUUUUUUACAUGCACUUGCCGGACUAUGUUUUGGCAUGAGAACAAAUAACCUUUUUGUUCCUGGUCGGUUCGCCUUUACACAUGUGUCGUUGAGAACGAUAGAUAACAGCUGAUUGUUGUCGUUUUCUUUUUUUGCGGGAAGAAAGGCUCGGCGGGAGCUGAGCGGGUUGGUUGUGCGCCGGGCCGACUGCUGACUGACGCAACCUUGAAAACCGGCAUGCUGUUGUCUUCUGUUUUUUUCUAUCGUGCGAAAGAACGAGAUAUGUAUCUAUCUAUGCAUCCGCGGAACGCGAUAAUAGCUUUGGUGUCACGAGCAGACGGCCUGACUCCUGUUCGACAAAAUCGAAUCGGAAGGCAAGGUGUUCGGGUUUUUCUGUCGCAAUCAUUAUAUAUAUUUUGCUAUUCGUGCGCCGCCCAUCGGGCCAACCUUGUAUCGAGUAGACCGUGCGCCUCAUGCCACGUGUGUGUCAUCUAAAGAAAUUAGCAAAGUACGGGUGUGUGUUUAUGGGAAAAGAGAAAAAAGACCUUCUCCAAGUGUACAUAUCGCCACCGGGCGCAACUGCUCCGUUCUUUUUUUUUUUUCAGCGGAACAAACGAACGGGAGGCAUCUUGCUCAACCCACUCGUUGAACGUGCGGCCGCAAUUGAGCAAAUGCCGAAGGGGGGUUAAAGUCGAGGACAAAAUCAGGCGUGUACGGUAGUAGCAAGGAGACUCCCACCGUUCUCUUUUUUCUUGUUUCAGCCUACCUCCACGGUCGGAUUUUCUACGGAAGCUUGUUUCUUACUUUGUGCUUGGAGGAGGAGUUUUUUUCCUUCUACGAGACGUGCGUACGAAGCGACCGUGCAGAAAAAAGGCGGUGAGAGAGUACCGAGCGGGAAAUGUAUGCAUGCGUUGUUGUCAAUUUUCGAUUUGUUUAUUUAUGAACUCAUGUAUUUCGCUGCACCAAGAGCGGACGGGUAAGAAUGUGUAGAGAGCUGUCUUCCCCGUUUUUCUUACAGCAGGGGCCAGGACGGCUGGGCAGUAGCCCGAUCGAGGAGGUUCUAAUCCUUUUGCGUCUUUCGUUGUUGAGGCUCUUAGUUUCUUACAGUACAUUUUUUUUUUCUUGUCUUUCUUUCGAGAGACCCCCGGCAUGGUGCUCUCCUGUCUGGAGCUGUACACGCAAAGUCAUUGCUUUCUGCUGUUCAUCAUGGCAUGGAGUUGCCCGUAGCGCUGCUCCGUUGUUUUUAUUUAGUCUUUGUUUGUGCAGCUCGUCGGGACUCUGAGUGCGUGCCACCACCCCCCUAUCGUUUUUUGCCAAAGGAAGAAUACGAAGAACACGUUGAGGAAAGGCUUUGGCCGGUGCGGGUGAGGGGGCUAGGUUGUACCCACAGGUGUGCACACAGGGCCGGGGUAACGAAUCCCCAACUUGAAAAGCGCACCACACGCAUGUUCCCGGUGAAAUUCGUCUUGUCACGUAUGGGAAAAGUUAUCCUUGUGCCCCACGAUGAUGAGCAACACUUGCUGCUUGCGUUACGGUCAACGGUGGACUUUUUCAGCCCAACUUGAGGUACAGGUAGUUCCUCUCGCACUGUGCUUCGGUGCAGGCUUUUGAUC